AUGGGAGAAGAGGCAAAAGCUCACAGUGGAUGUUCAUCCAGUUUUGCUGAGGCCUACUCAUUCCAGGAUUACGGUAAAGAGGAAAGGAUCCCUCGUAAGAGGUGGACGCUGGAACAAUUGAAAUGCGGGAACACCUUCCUUUCGAUGCAAGCUGCAACCAACAAGUUCGACUCCCAAUGUGGAAUGACCGCUCCCGGGAUGCCAAGAUGGAACAUUGUCCGCGAUAAACAACUAGGGUAUAUCGAACCAGACCGUCGUUCGGAAAAUGUGCUCAGAGUUCAAUGCGGUACCAAUCAAUAUGCAUCUCAAAAAGGUGAAACUCCAAUGGGAGCAUCACGUUGUCAGGUGCCCAGAGUCACGUACAAAAAGGACUGGGAAACAGUCCUCGAUAAAGAAGGCGAGAAAAUCAUACCGAAACAAGCUGGUGAUUACGGACUUGCUACUCAGGCCGGCGAGGUUUCUAUGGGUGCUCACCGAAACCAGGUACCGAAUGUUCGUGGACGUCUCCCUCACGAUCGCCGUACCCACGGGGUUCUCGUCUUUCAAAAUGGAACCAAUAUUUUCGCCUCGCAGACAGGCAUGACUGCACCACCCGGAAUUGGCGCAGUCCGACAGGCUACCCAACGAAUUGAGGGUCUUGACAUGACGGAAGAUCAGCAACGACGUGGUACAGAAUACACCCCGUGGUAUUCUGGACAAAACAAAUUUGCCACACAAGCUGGUAGUGGAGGAUUUUUGAAAGUUCGCGAUGUCAUCCUUCACACCAAGGGAGGAAAAGAAAUUGACGACAGCCUUAAGCAGAAGUCUGAGGGUAUCGUUCCACUUCAAUCAGGAACAAAUAAAUUGGCGUCUCAGAGAGGGAUGACAGGAUUCGGCUCUCCACGAAACACAAUCCAAAGAACCGGAUGGAAGAAGGAGUGGAUCGAAGAGUAUGAAGCAGCACUCAAAGAGUGGGAGGAGACAAAACCGCCAGGUAGCGCAUCGAGUGCCGAUCCUUUCGGACAUUACAAAAAGAAAUUCGAAGAAAGAGAGUGA